AUGGAGAACCCUAAAAGCCUUACCAAAGUUAGUCCAAAAAUGGCCACUCUAAGUCGCAGAUCAAGUUUGAUUGUUUGGAAAAGCAGGUACGAUCCCGCUUUGUUUUACACCUCAAGUGUAAGCGCCAAGGCCCCUUCUUCACAAAUGGAGUAA